AUGACUAGUAGUACAGUCAGCCUCCGAGUCCGAGUCGCGGCCGCUAUCAUUACUAUAAUCGCAUUCUGCUUACUACUAGUUGCUGUCACGGAAACCACUGGGCCGAGUCCGAGUCUCAAUUUGAAUCUGUCCGAGCCCGAGUCACUGCCAGGGUCUCCCUCAAUAUCCACAGUGACUUCUGGCAUCAUGCCUCCUCAGCGCCGCCUACCAAUUGAAUAUGACUGUGAUGCAUGUGGAGCUCACAACGUUGAUGCUAUUCGUUUGACAAGACAUCGAAACCAGUGCAAAGCAGUGCGCACCAGAGCCCGCCGUGCCUACGAGAAGAGUCUAAAGCUUGACAAAAAGCGUCUGGCGGCAAAAGCGCGUGCAAAGGCGGAGAAAUUAGCCUAUGUCACUGCGGCAUCACAUCCAAUGCCAAACGCCACUCAAACACUCACAAGCCGUACUGCCAUUGGCAAUAGCAGCCAGGCCUCAGCCUAUUUGGGCGAAGGUUCUUCGAGGGACCCCCAGGCUUUAAUUCAUCCGGCUCCUGAGGUAGAUUUGGGUGAAGGCUCUUCGAAGAGCCCCUUAACUCAUUCUGCCCUUGAGGCCCUACCAAGAUUGACACCUCCACCACCUCCUGCCUCAUCAUCUUCACUCGAACAUCAUAUGGACACCAGCACCUGUGUUCAGGAAGACAUAUGUGACUUCGACAUGUACUAUGCCUCGCACUCACCCCCUCCACAAAGCCCCUCCGAGUCAGUGGCUCAAAGUCCCCUGAUCCCUCCGUCGCAAGUCAAACGGAUACGAAAACCGGCUAGAGUCAGAGCCGCUGGAUUUGACGACCCACUUCCUGAGGGUCCUGGCCCACUCGAGGCUGACGGUUCGGGCUGUGUUGAGCCCGAGGUCGUAGCUCCUCCCGAACCCAUCGAAAACGUUGACCCUCAGACUCCUGCGUUUUGUCUCCGGCGUUUUCUCAUCCGAAUUCCGGAAAUCGUGCGCACAUUACCCAAUGCCUUCGGCCUGACACGUCUGUAUCGCGGUCGCCCCACUCGCAUCCCUGACCUCGAUAGUGAUCUGAACGACCUCACCGCCACAAAUUUACAAACUCUACCCGCUAUCACUGAUAAAUCCAUAUCCGACAUCAUCUCACCAUAUCCCAACGAGAACGCAUUCAAUUUCGGCCGUUGGUAUUGGAACACGACUCGUCAAUCCAAAUCUACUAGACAAGAAUUACUGGACAAUGUCAUCUUGCGUCCAGGUUUCGAUCCCGAAGAUCUUCGCGGCGUCAACUUUGACAAAAUCGACAAGCAACUCGCCCAGGAUUUGAGUUCUCCUUUGGAAGGCAACGGUUGGCGAAAUGAUCCAAUCACUGUCAAUAUACCGACAUCUCAGAAGGCCACGAAAGCGUCCAAGAAGAAGGACCGGAAUACUGAGCGAGCAGCGCGUGUUCACGACGAGGUUGAUGAAGAGGCGGGUACUGUGGGGACACGUAAUGCAUAUCUUGCGUACCGCUAUUGA